UACAUUAAAACUUUCUCUUUUUUCUUUCUCUUUCUCUUACAACAUCAAAAGACACAACACAACAACAAUGCAGACAUCAUCAUGUCCCACAAAUUCCUCUCAUCCUCCAAAAUCCUCCGUAGAUCUCGCAACUCACUCUCUCCAGUUCCAAGACAGAGAGAGAAAGACAAAAAAAGGGUUGGAUUGUAUUGCACUUUGCAUUUCAAGAAGAGAGAGAAACAAAAAAAAAACAUAAAACAAAAACAACCAUUUCUUGUUUCUUUUACCAUGUUUCUGUUUCUAGAUAUUAUUCUUUUUCCCUUCUGACUUUGCCAUUUUUUUUAUCUCGGAAGCGGAAGCAACCCGCUUCCGAGUUAAUCUAAAUGGGUUGUGUAAACUCCAAGAAAGCUCUGACCGGAGAAAUCGAUACGCUUUCUCCGGUUGGACCUUACGUUCAUUCGAGUUCUUCUCGAAAAAGGAGCAAUGGUUCAGGUAGAAGCAUGGUGGUGGAGGCUUCUGCUCAUUCUUCUAGAGAACAACAUUCUAGACAACAUUCUGGGGUUGUGACACAACAACCGGUUGACACGAAACCCGAGGAGUGGAAAAAGGGUGAUUUGAAUGUGAGGAUUGGUUCACAUAGGUUUGCUCAAGGUGAACAGAUUGCUGCUGGUUGGCCUUCUUGGCUUACUUCUGUUGCUGGUGAAGCCAUUCAUGGUUUGGUCCCUCUCAAAACUGAUGCUUUUGAGAAAUUAGAUAAGGUUGGACAAGGUACAUAUAGCAGUGUUUUCCAAGCACGCGAAGUCGAGACAGGGAGGAUGGUUGCCUUGAAGAAGGUGCGGUUGGACACACUUCAACACGAGAGCAUUAGGUUCAUGGCGCGGGAGAUAAUAAUCCUCCGCACACUUGAUCACCCGAACGUCAUGAAAUUAGAGGGUAUAAUCACUUCACAACUAUCAAAGAGUAUAUACCUUGUAUUUGAAUACAUGGAACAUGAUCUUGCUGGCCUAUUAUCUAACCCUGAUGUCAAGUUCACUGACUCACAGAUUAAGUGUUACAUGAGACAACUAUUGAGUGGACUCGAGCAUUUUCACCUACGAGGUAUCAUGCAUCGAGACAUUAAAGUAUCAAAUAUAUUAGUUAACAAUGAAGGCAUUCUCAAGAUAGGGGACUUUGGAUUAGCAAAUACCGUUAGCCCAAAUAGCAAGCAUCCUUUAACAAGUCGUGUAGUGACUCUAUGGUAUCGUCCUCCCGAGCUUUUGAUGGGAUCAACAAACUAUGGAGUUACGGUGGAUUUGUGGAGCGUAGGGUGUGUGUUUGCUGAACUUUUUAUGGGGAAGCCCAUCCUUAAGGGUAGAACUGAGGUGGAACAAUUGCACAAAAUAUUUAAGCUUUGUGGAUCUCCACCAGAAGAGUUUUGGAAAAAGAAUAAGCUUCCGCUUGCAACAAUGUUUAAGCCUCAGAUUAGUUACGAAAGCUCCCUUGAGGACAGGUGUCAAGGUUUUCUUCCUGCAACCGCUGUGAGCCUACUUCAGACUUUACUCUCUGUUGAUCCUUCCAAACGUGGUACUGCCUCCUCUGCACUUAUGUCCGAGUAUUUCAACACUGCGCCAUAUGCUUGUAACCCGUCACUCCUUCCAAAGUAUAUACCAAGCAAAGAAAUGGAUGCUAAAAAUCGGGAUGACGCGAACAGGAAAAAGAAUGGAGGUAAAGUGCGAGAGCGCGAGGCUGUAACAUCAGGAAGGCAAAGACGGGUCCAUAAAGUUCUUCAGGAUCCUAACAGUGCCGGCAAACCAGCUUUGAAAGAGGAAAUGCAGAAUAUUUCUCAAAACGCUCGUAGACAUGAUGAUGGUAAAGCACAUCAUACAAAAGGAAAAGUAGGACCUGUGAACAAAGAGCAACAGAAACAUUUGUUUGAUUCAAAAUCAGAUCAGGCUGCACAAAAGUCAAAUGCUUACAAUGGCUAUAGUGCAUACUCGGGACCAGUACCAGUCUCAGGAUCUAGUGGCUUUAAAUGGGCGAAAAGUAGAAAACUGGAUGCUUCGUCCAUUCUAUCAGAUGGAUCCAGAAGCAAAAUCAGUGCAAUGGAUCCAACUUUUGCGAAAGGCACAUAUGAUUUAACGAAACAUGGGAUGGAAGUUUCGGAAAGAAGACAUAAUUACAACACAAGCCAUGACGAUGAGACUUCCAAGCGUGUAGUAAAAAAGCAGCAGGGUCGUAAUGUAGAAUCGUUUGAUGUAUCUGAUAUAUACCAGUCCAAUUACUUCAUGGAUUUUGAUCUCACAGACAAACCAGAUGCUCAAAUGAAUCCACAGGACCACAGAAAUCAUGCCGAGCCUGUGGAACAAUCAGUACCAACGACGAUCCAAACAAAUAAAAAUGAUGAGUUGUUAGGUUGGAACGAAAACAAAGUGCGGCGGCAAUCUGGUCGUAAAUCAAGGCUGGGAAUAGACAAAUGAUGCAGGCAUAACUGGAAUAGCGUAAACUUAUCGACAUUGUCGCGAAUGAUGGACUCCAUUAAGGGCGACAUUCGACACAUAUUAACUUCUGACUUUAUCUCUUCUGACAGCUUCGGCGUUACUAUCCCUCCUUUUGUUCAUAAGAAGGUGUUCAUACAGUUUUAUCAUUGCAUAGGAGUAACAUUAAAAUAUACAGGAUCACAGUAACAGUGACCAAAUGGAAGAUAUUAUUAAAGAAAGAUUAACUAUUAUGAUAAAAUUUUGUUCUUAGCUUAGUACAUAAGUCUUUAUUCAUUUAA